CAUGACGCGGCGCCCGGCGUUCCACUUCGUUGUCUCGGUGACAUAUUGGAUGGACCUUCCACUUCUCUCCUCCGUCACCACCCAGGAUACUCGGCCGCGGCAUCUCCAUCUCCUUCGUUUCUCCCAAUCCCGUGUCAACAAAGUCUUCCAGUCUCUCACUCCUUACAGCCCAGCCUACCUAGGUACCACUACCUUCAUCCGAUCCUCCUGCUGGUCAGCGAGUCGAUACUACCAUUCACCCAACAUGCACUGAACCACCCUCACCAACCACGACCGGCUCUUCCACCCCAGGCCACGACGUUAAGACAUUCGCAACCCAGUCAGUCAGUCAGUCAGUCAGUCAGUCACUCAGUCACAAUGGCGAGCUUCCACUCCCACUCUCCCAGCCCACCAGCAGCACUCUCACCCGAUGACGCCCCCCAACCAAGACGGCCCUCACGAACGUCCCUUCACGAUGCCGCCGCCGCCGCCGCCCCAGCACUAUCCCCCGAGUCACCAGGCCACGAGCUUGAGGACGGGGCCGACUCGUCCGAGUUCAACGCCGACGACGUGCCCGUUGAAGUCCUCGUCAAGCACCUCCUCGCCGCCAAACAGUCCCUCUCCUCCAUGACCCUUGUCCUGCGCGCCAACGACCUGGCGACCUCGGCACGCCAGAUGCACCAAGAAUUCGUCAUCCUCUCGGCGCAGACCGCCUUCCUGCGCCACGGCAUUCUCCAAGAGCUUCACAUUCUUCACCAGCUCCGCCGGGGCAUGGCGCGCGCCUAUGAUAACGGCACUCGCGAUUUCAAGCACAUCAUUCGCACCCUCGACACUGCCGACGGCCGACUUGAGAAAAUCAUGCAAGUUCUGCGCAAGACCACAGUCGAAAACGUUUUCCGCCAGCCGGGCGAGGAGCCCAAGUGCCUGUUAGACUUUGUCGACCCCAAGAUCGUCGAGCAGGUACGCGACGCGUUGAAGGAGAGCAUCCACGAGCUUUCAGCAGCCAAGACCUCGUUCGACGGCGAUCUCCUCCGCUUCGACACCGACCUGCGUACCCUCACCGAUGCCAUGGCCGCUGCCGCCUCCCUCGCCAACCCAACCACUACAACCCCCGACGGGUAUCCCCCCGACCAGCGAUCCAUACCCAACCUGCUCUCCGCCUUGUCCGAGGGCUCCCACCUCAUGGCCGAACAUCUCUCCUCUUUGACUCGGCACUUCGACAUGUGCGUAACCGCCGUGCGCACCACCGAAGGCGGGGCUGCUUUGGCCCGCCGGCGCGCAGCAGAAGCCACAUCGUCAGACGAGGACCAGGCUCCAGUGUCCAUAUCAGGCGUCAUCUCCGCCCAGGAAUCCGAGUCGGGCCCGUCGGCCUUUGAACCCAUGGACCCUCUCGAGCGCCAGGAACUACUACACGUCGUGAUGCGCGAUGCCGCCGAGGUCGAUGACGUGGUUGCCGAUAUCCACAACGUGCUGCAACAAAUGGAGAUGGACCAUGCAUCUCUCCAUUCGCUCUUCUCAGCCAGCCGAGCCUCCCACGCCGCUACGCUCACAUGCUUCUCCAUGCUCGAGGAGGUCGGUGCCCGGGCGUCCUCGUAUGUUGCCGCCGAGGCCGAAUUUAUGCAGAGAUGGGAGGACGAGAAGGAGACGAUUGACGAGAACGUGUCAAAGAUGGACGAGCUCAAGAAGUUCUACGAAGGGUUCCUGAAUGCUUAUGGCGGCUUACUGCUCGAAGUGGAACGACGAAGAGCGGUGGAGGGCAAGAUUGACAGCAUAUGGAGGAAAGCGAAGGAGCAGGUGGACAAGCUGGUGGAGGCGGACAAGAGGGAGAGAGAGCAUUUCCGGUUGGAAGUGGGCGAUUAUGUGCCGGCGGAUUUGUGGGGGGUGGUGGAUAGGCCCUUGGGGAGAUGGGCCGUCGUUCCGUUGGAGGACACCAGAGAGGGAUCGUAUGAGAUGGAAGCACAUGGAGAACCUGAGAAUGAGGGCAAAGUUGAGACUGCGUAUGAGAGGGAAACAGAGCCGAGCACGCCGACCCCAAGAAAGAUGCCGUUGAAUGGACCCGGGUCGGCCGGGGAACGACCGUUUUGAUGAUGAUAUGAAGGUCUUGGGUUUACCAACGAUGUGAUUUAGGCUUGUUGGUGUUUGGGUGAGCGUAUGUUUGGUGUUUUUUACUCAUUGGGCAUGGCAUGGAAACAGGAAUGGUGCGGCUGGGUGUCACAAUUGGCAACAUGGGGGCUUGGAAGGCAAUCACUCUUGGAUAAGGUAGGUAGGUAGGUAGGUAGUCAUCAACUUAGUAUGUAAUGUAAACAAACACUGACUGAUUUAAUGUUCCUACUGGC